UGAACUGAUUAAAUCAGGAUCUUUGGAUUUGAAUUGUGGGUUUUUUUGUUUUGCUUUGUUUUACUUUUUAAUGUUCACUGGUGAUUGGAAUACUCAGGUAAUGUUAAAAUCUACCGAGCCAUAAAUUUGUGGCAAUAAGCCAGCUCUGUAGUCAUGAUCAUUUGCCUAGACUUACAGUAAAAGAAAUGGAGAAGGGACAGGCAUAAAAGGCAUUUGGAAAAUAAUGUCCAAAGCCAUUACACCUUUGGUCCAUAAAAUGCUAUUACUUGAUGUAUUAUCUCAGAUUUAUUCACUUAAAAAAAUAAUGUGAUUUUUUAAAAAUUAAAAUGGUUUACUUUGGCAGGAGCAAAGUAUCAACUAGUAUUCUUAAUUGUAGUUACUCUGACCUUAUUUGUCGUUUGCUGUUAUUUAAUGCCAAUUUCAGUGCCUGAACUACAGUGUGAUUUUGAAAAUGGAAUUUGUAAUUGGGAACAAGACACAGACGAUGACUUUGAUUGGACCUGGAACCAGGGUCCAACUUCAACACUAAAUACAGGACCGAUGAAGGAUAGCACUUUGGGCACUGCCAAAGGACACUAUCUCUACAUAGAAUCUUCAGAGCCACAGGUUUUCCAAAACAGAGCUGCUUUACUCAGCCCAGUCCUUAAUGCUAGUGGCGCAGAGGGCUGCACCUUCCGCUUACAUUACCACAUGUUUGGGAAACACAUUUACAGGUUGGCCAUCUACCAGCGAUACUGGAGUAACACAAGAGGACAGCUGCUGUGGCAGAUAUUUGGGAAUCAAGGCAACAGAUGGAUAAGGAAACAUCUCACCGUUUCCAGCAGGCAGCCUUUUCAGGAACUGCCAAACCAUUUUCCCAGAUGACUGUACCAUUCUGGAUUUCCAUCAGCAGUGUAUUGGAGUUCCGGUUGCUCCACAUCGGAUAUGCACUUUUUAUGAAUUUUAAAUAAGAAUUCCUUUGUUUCAAGUUUUCCUGAAGACGCAUUAUACAAAAAUUGAUAUAUUAUGCUGGAUUUUUUUUUCUUUUUCAAACAUAGCAUGGUUAAAGUAGGUGGCAGGUUGAAUGAAUUCCAUU